UACUCACAAGCGACACACGUACUCUCACCAACAUGUCUUUCUACGCUAACAACGAAUAUAUCAUCGCAACUAACAACUCUAUCAAUGAAAAUAAAUACAACAGUGAUAAGAUGAAGAACAGCGGCAUCAAGGCGAUAUUGAAGCCAUUAAUGAAAAUCAUCAAGAGGUCAACAAAACGCGUUCCCGCCAAAACCUUAGACACGUGCGUUGAGUCAGAACAGAACGCGUGCAACGAGGCUUUGGAGAGCAAGAUAUACAACGAAAUGGACUCAUGUCAGUCCGCCGCAUUCCUCGUGUGCAACAGAGAUGAGUCAUACGAUUUGGUGCCAGUCUCCCGUGAAGACUUCUACAUCCCCGUGCACUUCGCUCGCACAGAUGCCGGGACCUUCUUCUGGACUACAGUAACCAAACCUGAAGCUGACUUCGCGACGUCCCACUGCUACACCGAGUGCCAGACUGCUGAACAGCAGUACCCAGUCCUCCAAGACCGUUGGGUUCAAGCCUAAUUCUUCCACUCGACAAUUCAGUGUCUUCCGUGAAACCAGUGAGCCUCAAUGGUUUCGUCAACCGUCUGUGAUGUUAGCUUUAAACAAUUCUAUGGUGCCAUAUAGAAUUUAGGUUAGGUAUAGGCUUCCAGUAACUCCAAGAAAGCUUUAAUUGUACAUUAAGUAAUUGUGAUAUUUUGAUUUUAUAUAAAAAUAGGAUCUGUAUUUUGUGAUCUUGCUUUAAUUUAAAUGUAGGUAACAUAUUUAUUGUAAUUAUAGAUAUACAAAUGAAAAGUUAAAUAAAAUAUUAGUUGAAAGUA